AUGACGGAUCGGAACGAUCAGGUUGCAGACUUUCUCGAGAUGGGCCAAAUCUUUCAGCGAUACCACUGUGCUGGGCGAAGAGAUGGAGGCACGAUGGAGAAUGUGGUUCGGUGGAAUCUGCCGGCCAUGAAGUAUCCCCCUCUCCUCACCACUCCCUCCACUGGGCUCAUGACAAUGAAAGCAGAGUUUCGGGUGCUCAACUACUCAGCUCUCGAACUGCAGUUUAAGCGGGAAGCGGAGUCUAGCGUGACGAUUAACGAGCAGCUGUCUGCUUUCCUGGCGCCGGAUGGUCAUUUGCGUCACGAGCUGGGGCUGACGGCCCAGUUCUUUGCGCGCUGGUUGCAGCAGUGUUUGCCUCGUGACUCUCUUAUUCGCGACGGUCAUUGGCCCUGGUUAAGCCUCAUUCCCCCCUAUAGCCUCAGGAUAACAUUUGUCGGCGACCAAAUUCUGGUUGGCCGAGAUGCUCUUACAGGGGUUCUGUUCAUUUUUGAGAAAGGCUGGGUCUUGUCGGUGCUCCCAUUUUCACCCACCCUCGCCCCCGCCUUCCCCUUUUCCCGUCCCUCCCUCUCUCCAACUCUUUUCCACUCCACUCGCUCUGCGCUCUUCCCCCCAUCCCCCCUCUCUCCCCCACACUCUGAGCCAUAUCUUCCACCGAUGCAUCUCCACCCCUCCUCCCCCCCUUUCCCCACUCUCCCCUUUUUCUUUCCUUCCUUCCCCGUCUCCUUUCCUUACAAGCCUAGGUGGGCCGUAUUUUCCAGAGCUACAUUUCCCCCCCAUCUUUCCCCUCUUUCCUCCCAGCUCUCUCCCCCUUCCCGCUGUGAGACGUUUCUACUCUCUUCCACUUCCCGUCCCCCUUCCUUACCUAUCCAGGACAAGGAGGGCGCGUCGCUGAUAGUGACAGCUGAGUUUGACGUGCGCAGUGGCCGCGCCAUCCAGCUGCAGUUUGAGCGGGCGGCAGUGGGCGGCGUGAAGAUCAACGAGCAGCUGCAGGCCCUGCUGGCGCCGGCUGCCCUGCCCCGCACGCAGUUGUCGCUAGAUGCGCUGCAGUUCUUCCGUUCCUUGGAGCUGUCAGUGCCUCUUGGCUUCCCUCUUCGCUCCACCACAGAAGCAUUGUCAAGCAAGCAAGCAGGAAGGUCUAGCCUUGCCGCGAGGGCCGUGUUCGAUCCGCUGCAUUUAGACGCUGCAAUUUCCACCCUUACUUCCCACAAUUUCCUCUACGCUGUUGCCGAUGCGGCUGACGCGGCUGCAUCCGCGGCCGCUGACGUGUCAACCGCUGUGACGGCUGUAGCAGCUGACGCGGCGGCGUCUGGCGGAGACGCAGCGGCUGCUGCGGCUUCCGAUGGUGGCUGGUUCGCUGGGCUCGCGAACGUUCUGGAGAGCAUUUUGAAGGUGCUGGAGCAAGGGCUGGCGUCGGUGAACGUGCCGUACGCGUACGGGUUCUCCAUCAUCCUGCUCACGCUGCUCGUCAAAGUCGUCACCUUCCCGCUCACCAAGCAGCAGGUGGAAUCAACGAUGGCGAUGCAGAACCUCGCGCCCAAGGUCAAGGCCAUUCAGACCAAAUAUGCCGGCGACCAGGAGCGCAUUCAGCUGGAGACUUCGCGCCUGUACAAGCAGGCUGGCGUCAACCCACUUGCGGGGUGCCUGCCCACGCUAGCCACUCUGCCGGUCUUUAUUGGACUGUAUCAGGCACUCAGCAACGUGGCCAAGGAGGGCGUUCUCACGGAGGGCUUUUUCUGGAUUCCCUCUCUCGCCGGCCCCACGUCCAUUGCUGCUCGCGACAGCGGCUCAGGCAUCUCGUGGCUCUUCCCCUUCAUUGACGGGGUCCCACCCCUGGGGUGGGAGGCGACAGCAGCCUACCUGGUGCUGCCGGUGCUGCUGGUGGCGUCGCAGUUCUAUGCCAUGCAGAUCAUGCAGCCUCCUCAGAGCGACGACCCAGCACAGAAGAACACACAAGUGAUCCUCAAGUUCCUGCCUCUCAUGAUUGGCUGGUUCUCCCUCUCAGUCCCCUCCGGUCUCUCGCUUUACUGGUUCACCAACAACCUGCUGAGCACGGGGCAGACCAUCUAUCUGCGCAAGAUGGGGGGCGCCACGCCCAAGGUGGCAGCUGGGGGAGGUGACAUCAUCGACGUGGGGCAGGCCAAGCGCUCUGCCGCCUCUUCCGUCGUUGCCACAGAACAGGACAAGGAAAAGCUGCGCGGUGAACAGUUCCGCAAGCAGAAGGAGACGGAUGCCGCCCGCCGGGCGGCCAAGCGGGCGGCGGAGGAGGCGGCGCGAGCGGCGGAGGAGAAGGCGGCGCGGGAGAAGGCCAGGCUGGAACAGCUUAGGGCGGAGAUCUCGGGGGAGGGGGAGGAGGAGGUGGUGGUGGUGGAAGCUGAGGUGGUUCCUGUGGCUGGGCAGAAUGGAGCGGCUGCAGAGGAGUCCAAGCCAGGAGUGCCAGCGACACCCAAGGCUGCGGUGGCACCAUCAUCAGGAACACCACGCCGCAGCCGCCGAUCUCGUAGGACUCGUAAGGCGACCCCUCAGUAA